AGUUCAUAAAACUCUUACAUUCAAAUGAACUGAAUGUAUAAAUAUUGGAACGAUAAAAUCCAGCAUCCACUCGCAGAUUUACUAUUCAAGCGGCCGACUCAGUGUUGUGGAGUUGAAACAGAAUUUUUGUGUAUUCAAACGGUGAAGUGCUAAUCUAAAAAAUCAAUUCAAAAUGUGUGACGAUGAUGUAGCCGCCUUAGUCGUAGACAAUGGAUCCGGUAUGUGCAAAGCCGGUUUUGCCGGUGAUGAUGCACCCCGUGCUGUGUUCCCAUCCAUCGUCGGUCGCCCACGUCAUCAAGGUGUCAUGGUCGGUAUGGGACAAAAGGACUCCUAUGUUGGUGAUGAAGCCCAAAGCAAACGUGGUAUCCUCACAUUGAAAUACCCAAUCGAACACGGUAUCAUCACAAACUGGGACGAUAUGGAAAAGAUCUGGCAUCACACCUUCUACAACGAAUUGCGUGUAGCCCCAGAAGAGCACCCAGUUCUUUUGACAGAAGCCCCAUUGAAUCCAAAAGCUAACCGUGAAAAGAUGACACAAAUUAUGUUCGAAACCUUCAACUCACCAGCCAUGUAUGUUGCCAUCCAGGCUGUUCUUUCACUGUACGCUUCCGGUCGUACCACCGGUAUUGUAUUGGAUUCUGGUGAUGGUGUUUCCCACACCGUACCAAUCUAUGAAGGUUAUGCCUUGCCCCAUGCCAUCCUUCGAUUGGAUUUGGCUGGACGUGACUUGACCGAUUAUUUGAUGAAAAUCUUGACCGAACGUGGCUACUCCUUCACAACCACAGCUGAACGGGAAAUUGUUCGUGAUAUCAAGGAAAAACUUUGCUAUGUUGCCCUAGAUUUUGAACAAGAAAUGGCCACAGCUGCUGCUUCAACCUCUUUGGAAAAAUCUUAUGAACUUCCCGACGGUCAAGUAAUCACCAUUGGUAACGAAAGAUUCCGUUGCCCAGAAUCUCUAUUCCAACCGUCCUUCUUGGGUAUGGAAUCGUGCGGUAUUCAUGAAACAGUCUACAACUCAAUCAUGAAGUGCGACGUUGAUAUCCGUAAAGACUUGUAUGCCAAUAUUGUUAUGUCCGGCGGUACCACCAUGUACCCAGGUAUUGCUGAUCGUAUGCAAAAGGAAAUCACCGCUCUUGCCCCAUCAACAAUCAAGAUCAAGAUCAUCGCCCCACCAGAACGUAAAUACUCCGUAUGGAUCGGCGGUUCCAUUCUCGCAUCUCUGUCCACCUUCCAACAGAUGUGGAUCUCCAAACAGGAAUACGAUGAAUCCGGCCCAGGAAUCGUUCACCGCAAAUGUUUCUAAGCUACAACUAAUUGUUCCGUCCCAACGAAACCAAUUGAACUCUUAUUUAACCUGGUCAAUUCAUCAGCAACAUCAUGAUGCUCUAACACGCAUAUUUAAUGCAAGAAAUAAUCGGCACAUCAUCAACAAGACUGUUCUACAUUUUUUCUUGUUUUUCUUUGUUCUUUUUCUGUAAAUUUUAUUAUUUUACUAUUACCCAUUUUUGCCCAUUGAAUACCAACUAUUAUAAUGUGGAGUGUCAAAAACGACAGGAAAAUAUUUUUCUUUAUUUUUGAAUAUAUACAAAUGUGAAAAAC